UCCUGAGAAUAGGAAAAGAGCUCCAGCGUGGAACACACAGGAGUUAUUGGAUCUGAUCGCUGUAUGGGGAGAAGAUUCUAUGCUAUCAGAACUGCGUUCCAGUAGACGAAAUGAGAAAACUUUUGAAAAGAUUUCUAAUGCCAUGAGGCAGAGAGGCCAUAGCAGGGACUCGGUGCAGUGCAGAGUUAAAGUGAAGGAGCUCAGACAAGCGUACCAGAAAACCAAAGCAGCAAAUGGCAGAUCCGGAUCUGGGCCAAAAACAUGCCGCUUCUACGCGGAGCUGCAUGCAAUUUUAGGUGGCUGCGCCACGACAAGCCCCCCCUUGUCUGUGGAUUCAGAGGUGGGGGUAGUAAUCUCAGCCAUUGCUGAUGAUUCUGCAGAUGGCGAAGAUGUGGAGGAGGAAGAGGAGGACGAGAUGGCAGAGACCACACAGCACUCCAUUCUCCCCAACAGCCAGGAGGUUUUCCUCACCCAGACAGAAUUACCAUCGCAGCCCUCCCAAGCCACUAGCACAGACAAUGAAGCCAUGGAAGUGACCUCUGCUGCACAUUUUUCAAGCCUCCCUACCCCAGUCCGACGGAUAGGUCAGAUAAGGAGAAUAAGGAAGAAGAGGACACGGGAGGAGAUGUUCACAGAAAUAAUGGCAGUAACCCGCAGUGAAAGAGCUCAUCUGGGGGAGUGGAAAGACGUGGUCGCAAAGUACAGGAAUGCUGCCAGUGAACGUGAGGACAGGAGGGACCAACGUGAGGACAGGAGGGACGCUCGAGAUGAGAUGUGGCGGCAGGAAGAUCAGAGGUGUAGGCAGGAAGAUCAGCGGUGGCGGGAUGCAACGCUGGAGCUGCUGCGCGAUCAAAUUGACAUCCUCCGAAGUCUGGUGGAAGAGCUGUGGGGUUACAGAGAGACCAUCAAAAGGAACAGAAGAAUAAUAACAAGGAAAGACCUGGAAGAAGAAGAAGAACUCAGCUCUAAGACACAGCCUAAGAUCAAAGGUGCUAAGAAUCUGCUGGAUGACCAUGAUAUGCAGCAACCAGAAUCCAGACUAGACUGA